AUGUCCACCGGAUAUGAUGAGAGGUCUAGCCAUAUUGAGAAAGAUGACGUUGGCGAAUGCCUGACCUUAGGAAAUGAAGAAAAAACUAUUGAAAACAAUUUGGAAACCAAAAAUUCAUGCGCGGAUUGCUUCGAGGCUUACCCUGGUACCUGUUCCACCACAGAUAAUCAAAUAAUUUCUUCUUACAAUGAUUCUCCAAACGAAAAUUUGGUGCAAGGUGAAAGUUCUAAAUGUAGGACGAAUAGCUAUGAAAAUUGCACAGCUAGUGAUACAAACUGCGAUUCAGGCUUAGAUACAAUGGAUUCUGCUUUCCCCAUAUCCGAUUCGGAAACUGACGUCACCCCAUUGGUAAACUUAAGCUCGGAUGGCUCACCAAAUAGCCUAAAUAAGUCCAACGCAGUUACUGACAGUAAUUCUUCUAGCCCGGAUCCAUCAGAAGAAAAUGUUGCUAAGGAGACAAUUAAGUAUAAUUAUGAAACCAAUGAAACUAAUUCAUGUAAUAAAACCAAAGAUAUAACGACAAAUAGUAGUACACAAUCCUUACAAACGUUGCUGAAUAAUACGGAUAUAGGUAAUAUCAGUCAUAGCUUAACAGUAUCUACAGUUAGCCUGAACGGACAUGACUCUGUUGACAGAAUCGCUAACAUGUCACUGCUUAGUCGCAGUUGCGACAAUCUUACAAAAUACAAUGAUGACGACUCUAAAACAAACACCAGGAAUGAAGACUUGAUAAAUGCCGAUAGAGUAUUAUCAGAGUUUUCGAAUCAAAAAACCAAAGUCACCGCAUUGCAGAAAAUACCAGAAACUGCGACGAAUACACAUCCACGGCUACCAAAAGAAAUACUAAACCAAGAUGUGGGUAGCAUAGUUAAGAAUGUUCAGGGAAUCUUCUCUUCAGUCAGUGGGAGUCUGAAAUAUGCCUACGGAUACCGUACACCAAAACCGGUAAAAUCAGUGAAACCUAUACCGAAUGGUAAAAUAAUGAGUGAAAUAUUUGAGGAUGAAGUGGAGUCUAUUGACGUCAAAUCAACUGAGAAUCCUACAAAACCAGUUGAUGUUAAAUCUGAUGAUACAACUGACUUAGGUAUCCUGAGAACUAAAAUGGAAAUUCUAGAAAGAGUCUUAGUGGAGCAGAGAGACGAAAAUGCAUUGUUGAAGGAUCGCCUUAGACAACAAAGCGACGAAACAAAUCGAAAGGAUAAUGCUUUCAAGGAGUUGGAAGCAAAAAUGGAUCUGCUAUCGAAGCGUCUAGAACAAGCCGACCGCGAGAAGGAUGCGGCCGUAAUGCGCUACGCCAGCGUCGAAUGCGCUCACAUAGAGGCGAAGCGUGCAGCCGAAAAAGCAGCCAAAAGCGAAAAGUGUGCCCUAAACGAAGUGGAGUUGCUCAACAAUAAACUCAGGUCUGCGGCCGCUGAAAAGACCAGGAUAUGUCAGCUCUAUGAUGAUAAGUGUCAUGAGGUGCAGAAAAACGAGAGAGAAGUUUCUAAAUUACGUGAAGACUUACGGGAGCUCGAGGGUCGAUUGAAGUGGACUCAGAGUAAGCUUCGUAUGGAGAUGGACGCGUACAGGGAAAGCUCCGAACGCGUUGAGAAGCUUUCGGCGCAGGUGUCGGAAUUGGAGGCCGCCAAGGGAGCAGCCGCGGCCCAGGCCACUGACUCCAUCAGAGCGAAACAUCUUGAGACCGAAUUGAAAGAGAGCCAGGCGGCCCUGAUCCUCUGCAGACACGAAAAGGACGAGCUGGAGAAGAGAUUGUCGACGAUGACGACACAACUGGACAUUUGCUCGAGGGAGCGAGAGGCCGCUAUCGAUUCUCUCGCUCGCACCAGCGCCGAGGUGACGGUUUUGCGCGAGAGCAAGUUACGUUUAGAGGAGGAGGCUGCCGAACUUGCAGCUCUGAGAGCUCAAGCAGCACUGGCCGAUGUACUCAGCGCACAGUUGCAGAGGGAGACUGUGAGGGCGGACGAGGCGGAGCACGCUCUGAGCGCGGAGAGGGCGCGGGCCGAGACGUGCGGACGGAGGGAGGCCGCCGCGCUCGAGCACGCCGCCGCCCUCACGCAGCAGCACGUCGCGGAGCGGGCCGCGGCGCACAAGCAUCGCGCCACGGCUCAAGCCUUAGAACUUGAUAACGCAACGCUCAGGGACCAGGUCGCCGGCUUGCGGGCGGAGUGCGAGGGUCUGCAGAGGGCCCUCGAUGAGGAGAUUGAGAGGAGGAACAAGGAAAAUCGAGUGCUCGCCAGGAAGGUGGCAGAACUAACGGAGGAAGUGGCAGAGACGAACAAGAAGCUGGAAUGGGAGAAGGGAGAGAACGGGGUUCUGAAGAAGAAACACUCGAGUGCCAUAAAGGAAAUGAAUCGUGAAUUGCAGCGAGCGAUGAAACGCUGUGGACAAUUAGAAGCCAAAGUGAACGCCGACGCUCCAUCAACGAGGACAGGAUCCGUGUCCUCGCUGACGAGCGGCGAAAGCGCACCGCAAGAAGAGAGUCUGCAGAACGGACACGCAGACAACGUUCCUGAUGUCCAGAUAAGAAAUCCGAGUUUAUUUAGUAAAUUCAUGGUGAAGGUCCGCGAGCCUGACCGGCAGGCGCUGGUGGAGCGCGUGGUGUCGCUGCAGCGCGCGCUGGCCCGCCGCGCCGAGCGGGUCGACUUCCUCGAGGAGCACGCCCGUCAGCUCACCGCCGAGCUCGGAGCCAAGAGUCGCUUGCUGCGGGCGCUGCUCAACCAGCUACCGGCCGGCGCCGUCGCCUCCAGCCGCCGGGACGACAACAAGAAGGAGAUAGCCCGGUUGGGUGGGGGGGCUAUGGCCGCUGUCUGGGGCGGAGACCCGGGCGGUAUGACCCUCGAUCUGUCUUUGGAGAUGAACAGGAGGCUGCAGGCCGUCUUAGAAGACACUCUGCUGAAGAACAUUACGCUUAAAGAAAACAUGGAUACCCUAGGAGCCGAGAUAUCAAGACUGAAAGAGCAAUCCAAAACCGGCGAACCGAAAUGAAGAUCACGUAAAAUUUAGUUACCUCUUUGUGCAUAAAUACCCUCGAAUUUAUAACACAGGCGGCACUGACUCCGUAUGUACCGCCACCGUCCCGCCACCCGCUCUUAAGGCGAAGGUUAAGCGCUUUAAGGACAAGCGUUGAUUUAAGCCGGACCGAGAAAUUAUUUAUAAGUUUCUUAAAACAAAUACGAACAGAUAAAACCUGUAACGGUGUUUAUUUAGUGAAAAACGAAAGAUUCUUUUAUUAUUAUUCUUAUUACUUAACGAUAGACUGGAACGCUUGGUUGCUUCGCGGCAGAAAUAGGCGGGGCGACGAUAUUUGGAGCCCGCACGCGACGCCCAUUAAAACUGAAUAUUUUAAAUCGUAUUUCACAAAUCGACAUUUCUCCAAACUUGUCCCCCGUGUGGUGUGAGAAUACUACUUACUUCCGACCUCCUUAGGCUACGAACAAGACGUCCUGUCAAAGUGACAGCUGUCACUGAUGUGACGUUGACGUGUAGCCGUAGUGUUCGGCCAUAAAAAAACAAAAACCUCCUCGAACUUACUUAAUUGUUAUUGAUUUUUUGUUUAUUUCUCAUGAAUAUUGAAACUGAAACAUCGUGUACAUUCCAUUGAUUAUCGCCUUCCUAGUAUUUAGAAAAGAAAAAAAAAACUAUAAAUUUCUCUGUGUCGUAAGCCAUUUUAUUGCUGAAUAUAUUGUCACUUAUUUGGGAAAAUUGCUAAAGUUUGUUAAGGAAAUAAAAUAUUUUAUAAAAAAACGUUAACUUUAAAACAAAAAAAAAACAAUUCACGGCUAAUUAUUUUAAAUGGUUAUUUAUAAAAGUUAAUAAAUUAUUAAGAACAUUAUACGUGCGCGAAAUAAGACACCUAAUACCUAUGAUUGAACUGCGCAAUAGACGCUUCGCACUUUAUGCGAAUAAUAGAGAGUCGAUAUAUCGACGAUUCGCGCUCUAAUAUUAUAUUACUGUAAAUCACCCCGGUGCAGCGGUGCCAUGUUGUCAGAAGUACGGUCGCUUGCGUUGAGAAUAUGGAUGUUUACGGAUCUGGUUGUAUGGGCUUAGAUCCCCUUGCCUUUCCUAAUAAGGAAAAAUUGUACCAAAAAAAUAUGUCUAUGGAUCUAUAAUAGUUCACCAUGGAUUUGGAUCGUUUUCAAUUUAACGAUUUCAAAAAGUAAUGGUUUCAUGAAUUUAAACUUUCUCUUAUUUUCCAGUUUUUUUUUGUAUUUAGGCGUGCUCAGAACAAGAAAUGUUUCAUCACGAUCAAUCAAUCAAUUAUAAUUUUGCCGGUUUGAUUUUUAUUACGCAAUGUUAUUAAUCCUUCACCGUGGAAGUCAAUCGUGACAAUUUGUUAAGUACGUAUUUCAUUAGAAAAAUUGGUACCCGCCUGCGGGUAUAAUUUUUUUAAUUUUUUUUUUAUUGCCCAAAUGGGUGGAAGAGCUCACAGCCCACCUGGUGCCAAGUGGCUACUGGAGCCCAUAGACAUCCACAACGUAAAUGCGCCAUCACUUUGAAAUACAAGUUCUAGGUCUCGAGUAUAGUUAGAACACCGAUGCUCAAGAUACUUAUUAACACAGUGUUAAUCGACAAUAGUCGAGAACUUGUUACUGGAAACUUUAGUACUCUGUAAGGCAAGUUGUUGUGUUCUCGCGGUCCUAUACAGAAUAUUAAUGUUCAAAUAUUUGAUGCGAGUUCUAUAUAGUCUGUGGAAAAAACUUGUGUUCUUUUAAUAUAAUCUAUGAAUAAAUAUGGCGGUGUGGGUGAACAUUAAAUUUUCACUGCUGGCUGAGCCUUUGCUCGCCUGUCCUGGUGAAACUGGAAAGGCAUCCGGGCCACUAGAAAUCCUUCAAUCAUAAAAAAACAACACAUUAAAUAUUGUGAUUAACUUUGUUUUUUACCUUUCAAUCUUAUUGCAUCGAGACAUUUAAGAACCUCAUUAAUGAUUAAUUAAAGGGAAGCGUAUAGAAAUACCCAAACUUUGUUUGAGGCCGUUUGUCAUUUGUCCUUUCGGUCUAUUAAUAUUUACUAUUAAAAAUAUAUGAUGAUAGAGGUCAACGUACCACGUCUAGGAUGUUUUUUUGGUAUCUUUGUAACAGCAACGUGCUGGCUUCUGUCCCGUCUAUGCGUUAUCUGUGCCGGGUUUUCUUUUGCUGUGGUGGACUUUUUGGCGGGAAUGCGAGGACUGAAGUUGUGUGAUUUCUUUUUUUUGUAUAUUUAGUGUUUCUUCAGGUUUAAAUGUGUAGUAACGGUGGCUUAUUAACAGUUUAGUAUCUGUGAAAGUGCACAAAUAUGGGAAAAUCAAACAAAGCCGCUGAAGGUAACUUCUCGGGAUCCUCCAAAAAGUCCACUGGAAAAGUCUCAGUAAUUGACCAACAUUUUACUGAGAUUAUAUUUCAUCCCACAUCGUCUCAUCUCAUUUCAUUUAAUUUAAUUUCAUCCGAGUUGAUUAAUGUCUCAAAUUAAUUAUCUUGAUUUCGUUUCAUCCAUAUUGUCAUUUUUCAUAAAAAUACGAAUAUAAAUUAUAAUAAGACAUGACUUAAAUGUCUUAGUUACCAGGUCAUAAAAUCCCUUAGAUAAAAAAAAAUGCUGUGGUCAAUGGAACGAAGCGGAACUCUCGUAUUAAUUAAUCAAAACGUAUUUGUAAAAUGUAAGAUAUAAUGUUAUAAUGUUGUUAAUGAAUAAAUGAGAAUGUUAUUAUGAAUUAUAUUUUGAGCAUUCA